GCGUGGUUUACCGUUAGGAAGAAAGCAAAUGGAAGUCAGCUUAAACUGUCAAUGUUUACAUCUGAAAUUAUUAUAUUUUUCAAUUCUAUUAACGUAAUUAACUCUUCUUAAUUAAGUCCAUCGUUUUUAUUACCCCAGUGUUCGUCCAAGUGAAAAAUAACAACAUUAAUCCAUUCAGUUUUUUAUUAAUAAAAGCACUUGUUUAUUUCCCAUAGGUUCAUAACCUCAAAAUAUGUACAUUAGAAUAAGAACAGUGGAUGGAAAAAAGGAACAGAUUUUAACAGUCUCGAAACUAACAUUUAUAGAAGAUUUAAAGAAUGAAAUCAAGAAAGUUCUCGACAUCGAACCCGAUUUACAAAGACUGUUCCAUCGAGGAAAACAAUUGGAGAAUGGCUACAAACUUUUCGAUUACAAUGUUAAUCUUAAUGACGUAAUAUUACUGAAUGUGAAAAUAAAUAUUGACGAUGUGACAGCGAAGAAGACGGCUCUUUCCGAAGCAGAUGAGAAAAAUGACAGCGUUGUUAUACCGGAGGAAACGAUCGUCGAUGCUGAGAGUCUGUAUUAUAGAGUUGGAGAUGCAAUCGACUGUGUUGAUCAAGCGUGUGGUGCUUGGUACGAAGCCACUAUUCAGAGGAUAAUUAAUUUGAGCGGAAAAAUACAGUAUCAAGUAAAAUGGCAAUUUGGCGAUCGAGAAGAGCCGUUUGUAGUCGAGGAGAAUUUCAUUAGACCCAGAGCGUACAAACUUGUAAAUUUCGAUGAUCUUCGUCGAGGACUGAAAGUAAUGAUUAAUUACAAUAUUGAAGAACCAAAUGAAACUGGAUUAUGGUACGAUCUCACUGUUCAGAAAGUAUUGCGAUCCGUCAAGUCCAUAACGGGAACACUUCAUAUUGGACAAGACUACGAGACUGUGAAAAAUUGCAAAGUCCGCCCACAAUUGGACGAAAUAUUUGCGAUAGAGAAACCAAAAUUAUUAAAGGACAGGGAUAAAAAUUCGACAGUGGAACUGAAAAGCACGAGAAGAAGACUACCGAUACAGUGUAAAAAUUGCAUGGAUGAUUUAAAAAUUAAUUGCACCGAGUGUGCUUGUAAAAUUUGUGGCGAACGACGAAAUCCAGAGAAUAUUCUUCUGUGCGACGAGUGUAACGGGGAAUAUCAUCUUCAAUGUUUAAAUCCACCACUCUCUAAAGUUCCCGACGAAGAUUACUGGUAUUGUCCGUCGUGUAAGAAUGACGAAAACGAAAUUGUCAUGGUUGGCAACAAAUUAAGGGAUUCGAAAAAAAGGAAAAAUAGACUUGCCACAAAGGAGGAUAGAAAAAAUAAAGAUAGAGAAAAAAGAGACUGGGGAAAAGGAAUGGCUUGUGCAGGGCGAACAAAACAUUGUACGAUCGUAGCGGAAAAUCAUAGAGGUGCAAUUCCAAAUGUAGAAGUUGGCAUGUGUUGGCGCUAUAGAAUACAGGCAUCCGAGGCAGGUGUUCAUAGACCACCAGUUUCCGGAAUCCAUGGACGAGAAAACGAUUGUGCCUAUUCGAUUGUACUGUCCGGUGGAUAUGAAGACGACGUCGAUAAUGGCGAGGAAUUUUAUUACACUGGAUCCGGAGGAAGAGAUUUGACAGGUAACAAAAGAACGGCAGUUCAAAGUUGCGAUCAAGUUCUAACUUUGUCGAACAAAGCAUUGGCAUUAAAUUGUUACGCAGAAUUUGAUUCCUCACGAGGUGCAACGUCUGACGAUUGGAUGAAUGGAAUACCUGUUCGAGUUCUACGUUCUUGUAAGCUUGCCAAGCAUAGUAAAUUUGCACCAAAAGAAGGCAUCAGAUACGAUGGUCUUUAUAAGGUAGUGAAAUAUUAUCCCGAACUGGGAAAAAGUGGUUUCAAAGUUUGGCGAUAUGUCCUGAGACGUGAUGAUCCAACACCCGCCCCAUGGACCGAGGAGGGAAAAAAGAGAAUUAAAAAUCUGGGUAUAGAAAUUAUUUAUCCAGAUGGUUAUUUCGAAUUUCAAGAGACAAAGAAGAAAUCCAAUCAGAAAAAACGUAAAGCAAUCACUAGCAAUGAGGAACAAUGUAAAAGAACGAAAUUGGAGAAUUAUCAAUUGGAUGACGAUAUUUGUAAAAUUAUCAGAAAGGACAAAUUGAAUGACAAAUUUUGGCAGGAGUUCUCUUCGCGGUCUUUUAAGGGCAAAGUUCAAUUUCUAAAAGAUGUCACUGACACGUUUACGUGUGUCUGUUGUCAAGAGCUUGUUUUGAAACCAAUAACUACACCGUGUACGCACAACACGUGUCUAAUGUGUUUAAAGCAAAGUUUCGAAGCCGAAAUUUAUUCCUGUCCUCAUUGUCGCUUUGCAUUAAGUGGCAAUUACAAAAUGGAAGUGAAUAAAAAUUUAUCGAUCAUUUUGGAAACUCUAUUUCCGGGUUACGAGAAAUGUAGAUAAAAUAUAAUUACAAAAAAACAUCACGUGCUCCAUAAAAUUACGUAUAUUUUGUGUAUAACUUAAAAAAGAAAUAUUUAUGUUAAAUUUUACUAAAUUAUCCACUUUUUCAGAAAAAGGGGGAAUAAAUUUGAAAAAAAUGUAUUUCUAAUAUAUCUUCGAAAUAAAAUUUUCCUAUUUUUUA